UAGAGGUCCCGACUUUCCUGCCCCAGGCCCAGCAUUGGCCUGAGUCCCCCGUCACCUCCCCCGGUCUGGCGUCGGGGAAUCCCAGCCUCAAGGGGACUGGGCCACGGGUGGCCCUCUUGGGGGCCUCAGAUCUCCUCACCCCGGGGGCCUCUUGAGGAAGGUCUCGUUGGGCCAGCGCACAGGCACCGCGGAGGGGACUCAGGCGGCCGCUGCGGGACACGGAGCGAUGGCUGAGCUGCUGCGGGUGCAGGCUGAAAAGUCCAAGUGCCGCUCCCUUCGCCCUCUGGCCUUUCUCCUGACCGUGCUCGUCCUGGUCUUCCUCAGCGCUGGGGUCCUGAGCCCAAGAAUUCCGGUGCUGGGGACCAGACCAGGAGGAGCAGGCGAAGCUGCUACAAAGCCAGCCGGCCAGCAAGUUGUGAAAUUACCGAGGAUGGUUUAUCCCCAGCCCCGGGUGCUGACACCCUCAAGGAAAGAUGUCCUUGUCCUGACCCCCUGGCUAGCCCCCAUCAUCUGGGAGGGCACCUUCAACAUUGACAUCCUGAAUGAGCAGUUCCGGCUCCAGAACGUCACCGUCGGGCUCACCAUCUUUGCCAUCAAAAAGUACGUGGUCUUCCUGAAGCUGUUUCUGGAGACGGCGGAGGAGCACUUCAUGGUGGGGCACCGGGUGAUCUACUACGUCUUCACCGAUCGGCCGGGGGACGUGCCGCGCGUGCCCCUGCGCAAGGGCCGCCGCCUGGUGGUCCUCCAGGUCCCCGCUGCCGCGCGCUGGCAGGACGUGUCCAUGCGCCGCAUGGAGAUGAUCAGUGACUUCUGUGCGAGGCGCUUCCUGCGUGAGGUGGCCUUCCUGGUGUGCACGGACGUGGACAUGCGCUUCCGUGACCACAUGGGCGUGGAGAUCCUGUCCCCGCUCUUCGCCACCCUCCACCCCGGCUUUUAUGGGGCCACUCGCCAGACCUUCACCUACGAGCGCCGGCCGCAGUCACAGGCGUACAUCCCCAAGGACCAGGGUGACUUUUACUACCUGGGGGGCCUCUUUGGGGGGUCGGUGUCCGAGGUUCACCGGCUCACCACGGCCUGUCACCAGGCCAUGACGACUGACCGCGCCAACGGCAUCGAGGCCGUUUGGCAUGACGAGAGCCACCUGAACAGGUACCUGCUGGACCACAAGCCCACCAAGGUGCUGUCCCCGGAGUACCUGUGGGACGAGCAGUUGCUGGGCUGGCCAGCGGUCAUGAAGAAGCUGAGAUACGUGGCUGUGCCCAAGAACCAUCAGGAAAUCCGCAACCGCUGAGGGGUGGAGGAGGGCUGAGGGGGGCUGUGGGGGACCCAGCCUACCUAGGAUGCUGCCUUGAUGGAUUAGAACCUUUAUGGCCCCUGGAGCAUAGCUGCACUUUGUUUUCUGUCCUGCGGAGGGAACUUGUUGAGGCCCGGCACUGUCCCCACCCCACACAUAUAGGCCUUUGGGCACCUCCACCCGUGUCCCGCCCCACACGCAGGCAUGCAGGAGACAGGUCCAUUCCCUGGGCACACGUGCCUGGAGUGGCCCGGCCAUCAGCUGCCCGCCGGGCUCCUCAGGCCCCUCAGCUCGGAUGAGGCAGGUGGGCCCAGCCCUCUUGACAAACAAGGGAUUCCAGAUGAAGUCAAUUCCAGGGCAGCUGGGCACCAUAGUGAUGGGGGCCGAGGGCACACCUGACUCCGGCUUU